GCCAGUUGAUGCAAAUGAAUUUGCGUCGCAACAGCGUUCUGGUACCACUGUCGACGUCGCACGCACGACUCGCGGAGAUUUCGGAUCGGUUGUGCAAGACCCUUACGAAUCUGUUCAAAGACAAUCACGCGACGGACCGGCGAGUGGCCAAAGC